AUGUGGACGGGCGCGUAUAUACUAUGUCUGGUGGUGUGCGUGGGCGCCAUUACUCGGGACCAAUUCUACCCCUAUGGCCAGGGUCUGGACCAGAGACUCCCACGCGGCGCAGAAAUAGCCUCACCUGAACUGCCGCUUAGUAUUCCAAUCAUCUUUUUCGGAGAGACCUACGAGAACAUAUUUGUGAACAACUAUGGUGUCCUGUCCUUCAGAGCGGACAUACCAAGUUUCCUGAACGCAGAGUUUCCACUACCCUAUCCAUCAAUAGCAGCGUUCUACACUAACAUUGAUACAACUGAAUCAGGCGCUGUUUACUUUAGAGAAACCAAUGAAUCACACGUGCUACUUAAGGCAGCUGAUAGUGUACAAAGGAAUUUCCAUGAAUAUGACGACUUUCAGCCAACUAGCGUUUUCUUAGCAACGUGGAUCGAGGUGAAAUUCCCAAGCGAUCAGAUUCAAGAUCGUGCGAACAGUUUUCAAAUAGCUGUUAUUAGUAAUGGUAAUGAAAGUUUUGUGGAGCUGUUGUACCCGGAGCGUGAAAUUCAAUGGAUACAAAAAGAGGUUGUACCUGGCAGUUUACCCGACGCUAAAGCACAAGCUGGCUUUGUUGCUGAAGAUGGACGUGUUUUUACUCUAAGAGGUUCUGGAAGUCAUCAGAUCAGAAAUAUUGUAUCGUGGUCUAACACACAAGAGCCCGGUAAAUAUAUCUUUCGAGUUGGUGUCAUAGCGCCGAACGAAACGGUUGCCGUUCCUGAUCAAUACGAUGAAAUUGAAGCGGAGAUUGAAGAGGAAUCGAAAACUUGCGCACAGAGUGGACCUAGUGUAUGCCAUAUUCAGGCGCGUUGUGUCGACUAUCAGGCAGGAAUUUGUUGUCAGUGCAAUGACGGCUUUUAUGGAAAUGGAAAAUCCUGCGUCAAAGACGAUCUACCCCUUAGGGUUCACGGUAAACUUAACGGAAUUCUAAACAACGUAAACCUCAAUGAUGUUGACUUACAGGCAUACGUUGUUGUGGCAGAUGGCCGAUCCUACACAGCCUUGUCGCAAACUCCACCGUCACUGGGUAGUAGUCUCCAACUUUUAAGCGUCUUCGGAAGUGUUGUCGGCUGGUUAUUUGCAAAGCCAACUGGAUUAGCCAAAAAUGGAUACCAACUCACUGGUGCGCAUUUCAAUCACACCGCAGAUAUUUAUUUCCCUGAUACAAGUGACAGAGUUAUUAUUAACCAGGAGUUCUUGGGACAUGAUGUCUUUGAUCAGAUAACACUGGAAGGUGAUAUUCGGGGUACAAUACCUAAUAUUCCCGCGGGAAGUAGGUUGGAAAUAUCUGAAUAUGAAGAACAAUACACAAUUGUGGAGACAGGAACAGUUCACAGUGCAUCAACAAGAACUUUUACCAAUAAAAUUACGGGUCAAAAGUACGUACAAAGGGUAUCACAAACCUUUACCUUCAACACUUGUAGAUUUGUGCCCUUUUCAGAUGAAGAAAAUAUUUCUACACAAUUAAAAGUGAUUAAAAAUUAUCUAGGAUAUGAAACACGGGAAAACAUCGUAAGAUAUGGAACAAGCAAUAAAAUUGUACCCAUCGGUCAAGAGGAUCCAUGCAUAGAGGGCAGUAAUACUUGCAAUCCUCAUAGCACAUGUAUCGCCCAAGGAGACUCCUUUACAUGUGUGUGCCAAUCAGGAUUUACAAGUACUUAUAUCGAUGGAAACACAGGUUGCAUUGAUAUUGACGAGUGUCUUGCUGGAACGCACAAUUGUGAUAUAAACGCAGACUGUUUCAAUCAUGAAGGCGGAUUCCAAUGCAGAUGUCGCGAACAGUUCGAAGGAAAUGGUGUAACUUGUAAUUGGCUGUCGCGAUGCAAAGAUAAAAUUUGCGGUCCUAAUGCUCAGUGCAUAGACAAUCCAGGGGAAGAUCCAAUUUGCUUGUGUAAUACUGGAUAUACUGGUGACGGUCAAAAUUGUUGGAAGAAUCAAGAAAAUAAAUGUGAUAACUGUUCUCCGUAUGGAUACUGCGGCUAUGAUUCUACUAACACUUUAACAUGUCUAUGUAAUUCUGGAUAUAAGGGAGAUGGCUUUUAUUGUACAGAGGAUAUCGUAGAAGAGGUGACAACACCAUCUGAAAAUAUUGAUAGCGAAACUACACAGGCCUAUUAUGUACCUGAUUCUGUAGAAACUACCCCUUCACCAACAGAAUCCGAUUACAAUGCAACUUAUGUAUUACCUAACUGUAACUUCUUCGCUUGUAGUUGUCCCGAAGGCUACUUAAAUUAUCAAGACGACAGGGGCAAUGAUUUGUGCCGGAUUGACUCUUUUAAGGAACCCCUCGUUCCGUUGGAUAAUGAUACAUCAAUUAGGUGCAACGCAGACAGUGACUGCCCACCAAAUGCAAUAUGUUCGUUCCCAACUGAAGCUUACUUGUCUAAUGAUCAAGAUGAGGGACAGUGCGUGUGUCCAGAGGGUUAUGAAGGUGAUGCCUACGAGUGCAUAGAGAAAACUGGACCUAGCUGUUCUUGCGGCCUCGGCGCUCACUGUAUAGAAACUGCAGCCGGUGAUUUAAUAUGCGUCUGUGAUUCAGGUUACCAUGGGGAUGGAUAUGUCUGCCGCCCGAAUUUCAUUUGCAUUGACACUUCUCAAUGUGAAUACAACGCUGAGUGUCGGCCUGAUCCUAACACUAACCAAAACAUUUGCCAGUGCAUUGACGGUUUUAUAAAAGACCAGAACGAUGCUUGUAUUCCCGAUAAGCAAUUAUGUAAUGGAGCUGUUUGUGCCGAAUAUGCAUCCUGUCUAUUCGAUCAAGAGAUUGGCGUUAAUUAUUGCCACUGUGAUGAUGGUUACGAAGGAGAGGGAAUAUCCCAGUGUGUACCUCAAGGAAGAACGUGUGACGUUCUAAACGAUUGUGAUCAAAACGCAAUUUGCACACCAGUUGACCAUACUUAUCAAUGUAUUUGCAGAGAAGGAUAUACUGGUGAUGGGUACAACUGCAAUCUAGAGAUGAAUUGUAGAGUAAAUCCUUACCUAUGCGAUAUUCACGCUUCAUGUCUUAAAACUAGCGAUGGAUAUGAAUGCGAGUGCAAUUCUGGGUACAAUGGAAACGGCAGUGUGUGCGAACUUAAUCCUAGACAAGCUGGCAACUUUCUGGUUGCUAGUGACGGUGCAUCCGUAUAUAGAGUACCAUUUUCAGUAACACCAAGAAAUUUCGCAACCCCCUUCAAUAGUGCUACCUAUCAAAUUGCUGUUGGUAUUGAUGUAGACUGUUUAUCCGCAAAAAUAUACUGGGGUGAUGUUGUUGGAAACACUAUUAAACGUGCCUCAUAUGAUGGCUCUGGCUAUGAACAAUUCUUAUCAAACGAUGUUCAAUCACCCGAGGGUAUAGCUAUUGAUUGGUCUGCAAGGAAUAUAUUCUGGACGGAUUCCAAGAAAGUAACGAUCGAAGUAGCUAACCUUGACACUAAGGUUAGAAAGGUAUUAUUUGCUAAGGAGGGUAUAUACAAUCCACGAGGAAUAGCAGUCCACCCAGGAAAAGGAAAAAUCUUUUGGUCUGACUGGAAUCGUUCUGGUCCUAAAAUUGAAUGGGCGAACAUGGAUGGGUCACAAAGAGGGAUUUUCUUAGACCAAACGGACGUGAAACUCCCGAACUCUCUAGCUAUAGACUGGGUUAGAGACAGACUUUGUUACGCUGACGCUGGUCUCUACAGUAUUCGAUGUGUGGGAAUCGACAACAUGGAAAAGGAAAUAAUCGCCCCCAAUUGUUCUUAUCCAUUCGGUUUAGCAAUUAAUGGUGAUAAGUUCUAUUGGACUGAUUGGAAAACAUUAAAAAUUGAGUCCAUAGACACAUUCACACAGGUGAAAGGUCAGGUGCCAAUAGCGACCGCCUCUCGAAGAUUGUAUGGAGUUUCUGCCGCUCCCAACGAGUGCCCAGCUUUGAGCAAUGUUUGUCAAUACAGAAAUGGUAACUGUGAUUCAGAUCAAAUUUGCCUACCAAAUGGUCAGGGUGGAAGAACGUGUGUCGAAGGAGUCAGGAGUCAAAACUAA